AGAUCAUGACCUGAGCCGAAGUCAGAUGCUUAACCUACUGAGCCACCGAGACGCCCCUGUCAGGUGCUCUUAAGUGCUGGGACACAUGGUAAUCAUCUGGGUACUCCAGACAGCCUGGGACACUGGAAGGACUCUGUCAGUCUCUUAGGCAGCACGUCCUUGGGUCCAGCACUUGGAGGGAGAGAGAGGCUGCUAAUAGCCCAGUGAGCAUAUUAUUAUAAAAAUCUGACUUCAGGGAAAUUUUAAAUGCCUUUAAGUAUAGUUUUAAAUGACGGUUCUCAACGGGGAUGCGUUUCUCCGGAAGACUGGCUCGCUGUGCAGCUCGUGGAAGGUUCUGGCAGGUGCUCCGGCCGCGUGGAGGUGUACUUCGAAGGCGUGUGGGGCACGGUGUGUGACGACCUUUGGGACGAGAAGGAAGCCCAGGUGGUGUGCCGGCAGCUGGGCUGCGGGUCGGCCAUGUCCGCCCCCGGCGACGCCCACUUCGGCCAGGGCUCCGGCCCCAUCCUCCUGGAUGACGUGCAGUGCUCUGGGACUGAGGCCUGCCUGGGUCAGUGCUCCCACGCCGGCUGGGUCACCCACAACUGCGGGCAUGGGGAAGAUGCUGGUGUCAUCUGCUCGGAAUAUGAGCAUGAGACUUCGGAAGCUUUGGAUGCUGAGAUCCUAACACCAUUCCCUGGUGACUGGCCACAACUGCAGGUAGUGAAUGGGUCAGGCAGAUGUUCCGGACGUGUGGAAGUUUUCUACCAUGGCCAGUGGGGCAGGGUGUGUGAUGACCACUGGGACAUGAAUGAAGCUGACGUGGUGUGCCGGCAGCUCAACUGUGGGCGUGCCCUCGCAGCCCCUGUUGAGGCCCACUUUGGUGAAGGGGAGGGCAAGUUUCUGCUGGAUGAUGUGGACUGUACAGGAAGAGAGAGUUUCCUGGGACAGUGUCCUCAUACUGACUGGUCUAUCCAUAACUGCGGUCCUGGAGAAGACGCCAGUGUCGUCUGCUCAGAGACUGCACAGGAAUCACUGCCAAUGCCACAAGGUGAUGGAAAUUCAGCAACCAUAUUACCAGUUCUACCCGUGACCCCCUCAACUCAGCCGUCUCCCAUGACUGCAGCACGUUCAGCAUCACCAGCCUCAGCAGAUAAUGAAGAGUUACCAAGUCUCAUAUCAGCUCUACCUGUGGAUGACUCCCUGCCUUCCAGCCGCAGAGCCAAUGCUCCUUGGCCCAGCGCAUCAGGUCAGCAGCUUCCCCCGCAGGAUGUGCCAUUGCUCCCGAAGACCCCAGGGGGUCACCUCUACCAGGGUAGGAGCCUGGGGGCUACAGUAGAGGCCUCGGAGGUGCCCAGGGAAAUACCACAGUUAUGGGAAGAAAGAUCACUUCCGCCAGGAUUUGUCUGGGCCCUCCCACUGCUUUGGCACCUGAUUAUCCUCACUGUCCUGCUGUUCCAGCAAAACUUUCUUAAGUUCAGAAAAUACAGAGAAGACUGGGCCAUGCUGAGGCUGGUAAAUGGCACCGGAAGAUGCUCUGGAAGGGUGGAAGUCUUCUACCACGGCGCCUGGGGGUCAGUGUGUGAUGACGGCUGGGGUCUGCAGGAGGCGCAGGUUGUGUGCAGGCAGCUUGGGUGCGGCCAGGCAGUGUCUGCCCCCUUGGGCGCCCACUUUGGCCCAGGGACUGGAAAGAUUCUGCUGGAUAAUAUGCACUGCAACGGUGAGGAGAGCCACCUGGCGCUGUGUGCCCAUGAUGCCUGGUUCACGCACAACUGUGGGCACGAGGAGGAUGCCGGAGCCAUCUGCUCAGCUGCUGAAAUAACAAUGGAGCCCAUUACCUCUGAGGAAGAGCACACACCAAUAGUUGAUGUCUUCUCGGAGCCCUCACUGACCACAGCCCCCACGGCCUUGACUUCUCCACCCGCAGGAGCCUUCAUGGCCGUGAGGCUGGUGAACGGCACAGGGAGGUGCUCAGGCCGAGUGGAGGUUCUCGUCCAGGGCACAUGGGGGACCGUGUGUGAUGACCUCUGGGACCUGGCCGAGGCCACAGUCGUGUGCCGCCAGCUGGAGUGUGGCCAGGCCGUGGCGGCACCCACGGGGGCCCACUUCGGGGCAGGCUCCGGGAAGAUCGUGCUGGACAACGUGCAGUGUGCAGGCAGCGAGAGCCACCUGGGGCAGUGUGCACACAGGGGUGAGGCCGGGCACAACUGCGGGCACCUGGAGGAUGCCAGCGUCGUGUGCACAGGUACUAAUGGUCCACCAGCACCCGCCCCCACCCCAGGUUCUGAAGCUGUGUCCUCAAUGUCCACACUCACAGGUGACGGACUGGCAGCCACUACACCCACAACAGACUUUUCUAUCCUUCACUCUACGCUCCUACCAGCAGGAGCCUGGGUGGCCGUGAGGCUGGUGAACGGCACAGGGAGGUGCUCAGGCCGAGUGGAGGUUCUCGUCCAGGGCACGUGGGGGACCGUGUGUGAUGACCUCUGGGACCUGGCCGAGGCCACAGUCGUGUGCCGCCAGCUGGAGUGUGGCCAGGCCGUGGCGGCACCCACGGGGGCCCACUUCGGGGCAGGCUCCGGGAAGAUCGUGCUGGACGACGUGCAGUGUGCGGGCAGCGAGAGCCACCUGGGGCAGUGCACGCACAGGGGUGAGGCCGGGCACAACUGCGGGCACCUGGAGGAUGCCAGCGUCGUGUGCACAGGUGCUGAUGACUCACCAGGCCCCAAUGCAACCACAGAGCGUAAAACCGCCACCCACUCAUACACACUAUCAGGUGAUGUGCCAACAGCAGCCGUGCCCACCACAGAGCCCGCGACACCUCCCACGAUGACCAUCCCAGCAGGAGCCUGGAUGGCCGUGAGGCUGGUGAACGGCACAGGGAGGUGCUCAGGCCGAGUGGAGGUUCUCGUCCAGGGCACGUGGGGGACCGUGUGUGAUGACCUCUGGGACCUGGCCGAGGCCACAGUCGUGUGCCGCCAGCUGGAGUGUGGCCAGGCCGUGGCGGCACCCAUCGAGGCCCACUUCGGGGCAGGCUCCGGGAAGAUCGUGCUGGACGACGUGCAGUGUGCGGGCAGCGAGAGCCACCUGGGGCAGUGCACGCACAGGGGUGAGGCCGGGCACAACUGCGGGCACCUGGAGGAUGCCGGUGUCAUUUGCACAGCCUACGAGAACCUACUUCCCACAUCAGUGGCUCAACACCCACCUUCUUCUGCACCUUCUGGAGGCUGGGCCCCUCUGCGGCUGGUAGGUGGCCACGGGAGGUGUGCAGGCCGCGUGGAACUCUUCUACCAGGGAGUCUGGGGGACAGUGUGUGAUGACCUCUGGGACCUGCCGGAAGCAAACGUCAUCUGCAGGCAGCUGGGGUGUGGCUGGGCCAUUUCGGCCCCAGGUGAGGCCCACUUUGGGGAAGGCUCUGGGAAGAUCCUCCUUGACAAUGUGCACUGCGGGGGAGAGGAACAGCACCUGGAGGAGUGCUCCCACAAUGGCUGGCUUUCCCACAACUGUGGGCAUGGAGAAGAUGCUGGUGUGAUCUGUUCAGAUGCUGAAUAUUCUAUGGCCACACCAUCAGAUCACCCACUGGCUGUCAUAGCAGGAACAGUGGUGGCAGCAAAGCCGUGUGGCGGCGUUAUCACUAACUCAUCUGGAGCAAUUAGGAAUCCCCCGCGGAAUGAAAUGCAUGACAAUAUAACCUGUGUGUGGGAAAUCAAGGCAAAUGCCUCUGACCAUAUACUGCUGGCAUUUCCAUACCUUAACCUCGACUGCACCAAUGAAUACUUUGAAGUCCUGGAUGGCCCUCCAUCCUCAGCCAAGUCCCUGGGGAAGACCUGCUCUGGUUCCUACCUCACCUACGCGUCCUCCUCCAGCUCACUGACCCUCGUGUACUUCCGAAGUUUCAACAACAUAGGGAAAAAUUUCAUGGCUUAUUAUUAUUCUGCAGCCAAAGAGGCAGUUUCUCGGACCCCACAUCUAAUCACAAUCCCGGUGACAACACCCAAGACAGUGAUGGCAAGACCAGGGAACUGGCCAGCCCUGAGGCUGGUGGGCGGCUCAGGUCGGUGCUCAGGACGCGUGGAGGUCCUCCACAAGGGAGCUUGGGGCACCGUGUGUGAUGACCUCUGGGACCUCAAUGAAGCCGAGGUCGUGUGCCGCCAGCUGGGGUGCGGACGGGCUGUGUCCGCCCUUGGGAAGGCCCGCUUUGGUCCCGGCUCUGGAGACAUCUUCCUGGAUAACCUUCAGUGCUCUGGGGUAGAGCGUUCCCUGGGCCAGUGCGCCCACUCGGGCUGGUUGGAGCACAACUGUGGCCACCAUGAGGACGCCGGUGUCAUCUGCUCAGAUGCUGAAGAAUCACUUAUUAACAGUCCAGGGGACCGGCCAGACCUGAGGCUGGUGGGCGGCUCUGGUCGGUGCUCAGGACGCGUGGAGGUCCUCCACCAGGAUGCCUGGGGCACCGUGUGUGAUGACCUCUGGGACCUCAAUGAAGCUGAGGUUGUGUGCAGACAGCUGGGUUGUGGACGGGCCGUGUCCGCCCUUGGAAAGUCCCACUUUGGUCCAGGCUCUGGAGACAUCUUCCUGGACAACGUGCAGUGCUCCGGGAUGGAGCCCUCCCUGGACCAGUGCUCCCACUUGGGCUGGUCAGAGCACAACUGUGGCCACCAUGAAGAUGCCGGUGUCAUCUGUUCAGAUGCGGAAGAAGUGCCUCCUCCCACCCCUCCAGGUCUUUCCACAGCUUCUCAGGAUCAUAUAACAGACAUCAUGACAGUGGUGUUCCGAAGUGAUUCUAUGAUCACCAACACUGGCUUUUAUGCUAUGUUCAACAUGAUUCCACGAGGCGAAAGAGAAUCAGGAUCCCAGUACUGUGUCAGAGAACCACAUGGCAAGACCUGCAGAAGCCAAGAUGGACCGGAGCUGCGACUGGUGGGCGGCUCAGGAAGGUGCUCAGGACGGUUGGAGAUCCUCCAUAAGGGGGCCUGGGGCACCGUGUGUGAUGACCUCUGGGACCUCAAGGAAGCUGAGGUUGUGUGCCGCCAGCUGGGGUGUGGACGGGCCAUUGCAGCCCCUGGAAAGGCCCACUUCGGCCCGGGCUCUGGAAACAUCCUCCUGGAUAAUGUUCAGUGUUCGGGAAGCGAGAACCACCUCGGCCAGUGCCCUAGCUCCAGCUGGUCAGACCAUAAUUGUGGCCACCACGAGGAUGCCGGUGUCGUCUGCUCAGAUGCUGGGGACUGGGCUCCAGAUGUGAUCCCUGCAUCCCCAGCUCCCAACCCUCAAGUGCCUUCACCACAAGGAGGAAGUAACUCUUGUGGAGGAGUAAUUUCUGGUCUCUCGGGCUCCUUCUCCAGUCCUUGGUAUCCAAAAAACUACCCCACCGACGUGGAGUGUAUCUGGGUGAUACAUGUGGCUGAGAAGUUCCACAUAGAACUGGCGAUCCCAAGCCUGAAAUUAGAAGAUAUCUAUGGAUGUCCUUAUGACUUUCUUGAAGUGUUUGAUGGACGGCAAGCUGCCCCACUCUCCAUGGGCAGAUUUUGUGCUGGGGCAGAGCUCACCUUCCUCUCCUCUUCAAACAUCAUGACCGUGGUGUUCAGAAGCGAUGCCAUGAUCACCAACACAGGGUUUUAUGCUUUGUACAGUGCCAUUCAACAAGAUGAAAGGGAGAGUGGUGCGUCCCUGAGGCUGGUGAACGGCAGUCACAGGUGCGAGGGCCGGGUGGAGGUCUUCUACAAUGGCACCUGGGGAUCAGUGUGUGAUGACAGCUGGGACAUAACAGAUGCCAGGGUGGUGUGCCAACAGCUCGGUUGUGGCGAGGCCUUGUCAGCCCCAGCUCAGAGCUACUUUGAUGGAGGCACUGGCCACAUCGUGCUGGAUGAUGUGCAGUGCACAGGGAACGAAGCCAGGCUGUGGCAAUGCACGCACAACGGAUGGUUCUCCCACAACUGUGGGCACCAUGAGGAUGCCAGUGCCAUCUGCUCAGGUAUUGAUGGCAAUCCAAAAGUGGGACCAACAGACUCGACCGGUGACAGCACUGAUACAGAUGAAAACUUCCACUGUGGCGGUUUGCUCACAAAUAAUUCAGGCUCCUUCUCCAGCCCUUGGUACCCUAAAAAAUACCCCACAAAUGUGGUGUGUGCCUGGGACAUACAAGUGGACACCAGGGCUCAUGUCAAGCUCACAUUUGAUGUUGUGAAGUUGGAAAACUUCUUCGGCUGUCCGUACGACUUCAUUGAGAUCUUUGAUGGCCCACAAAUCGAAUCUUUUUCUCUGGGGAGAUUCUGUUCUGGUACAACCCCAGUGUUCACCUCCUCCUCAAAUCGCUUGAUGGUGGUCUUCCACAGCGAUGCUAUUGUCACCAACAUGGGCUUUUUUGCAACCUAUGAGUCUCUUGUGCAGGACGAGAACAAUACCGAUGUGGCCCUCAGGCUGGCCGGCGGCAGCCACCGGUGCGAGGGCCGGGUGGAGCUGCGCUACUACGGCACGUGGGGGACGGUGUGUGACGACAGCUGGGACCCGCGUGACGCCCAGGUGGUGUGCAGGCAGCUGGCCUGUGGCAGGGCCGUGUCGGCCCCCGGCAGAGCGCACUUCCACCAAGGCGUGGGCCCCAUUGCUCUGGACGACGUGGAGUGCGUGGGGACGGAAGCCAGGCUGUGGCAAUGCCUGCACCCUGGCUGGUUCUCCCACAACUGUGGCCACCACGAAGAUGCCAGCGUCAUCUGCUCAGCCUCUCUGCCUUACUCAACACCAUCAGCUGCUGGAAGUUACCCAACAACAGCAUCUUUCCUGGAGCCGGCAGAGGAGCCCACAUCAGCAGAUCCUACAACCACUGGACAUCCAGGCAUCUUUGCUACAACUCCUGGGGAGAAGUCACAUGUUUUCCAACCAAUAGAUCUGGCAGGGGUGAGGCUGGCGGCCGGAAGCAGCAGGUGCGAGGGCCGCGUGGAGGUCCUCUACAACGGCACCUGGGGGACCGUGUGUGACGACCUCUGGGACCUGCCGGCCGCGCGGGUGGUGUGUCGGCAGCUGGGCUGCGGCCCGGCCCUGGCGGCCCCGAGGGGCGCUCUGUUUGGGGACGGCUCGGGCCCCAUCUUCCUGGACGAUGUGCGCUGCACGGGCCAGGAGACCAGCCUGGGGCGGUGCCGCCACCUCGGCCUGUCGGUCCAUAACUGCGGUCACCACGAGGAUGCCGGGGCCAUCUGCACAGCUAACGAGGCUGCCUCAGAAUCAGCAGAAACCGCUCCGGCAGUUGACUUGCCCAUCGUCAGGCUGGUGGAUGGGAGGAGCCGCUGUGAAGGUCGCAUCGAGGUGUACCACAACGGCACGUGGGGGACCGUGUGUGAUGACCUCUGGAGCAUUGGCGCCGCCCACGUCGUGUGCCGGCAGCUGGACUGCGGGGAGGGCGUCGGGGCCCUGGGGAACGGCCACUUUGGGGAAGGUGUGGGCAGCAUCCUCCUGGACGACGUGCAAUGCUGGGGCAACGAGACCACGCUGGGCCAGUGCCGGCACCCGGGUCUGUCCGUCCACAACUGCGGCCACCAUGAGGACGCCGGGGUCAUCUGUUCAGUUUCAGCAUCAGCCACAGAAACGACCACUUCACCUGUUCCCACCUCUGUUUCAGCCACUGAUUCGGUCCUUGCAACUGGCACAAUUUCUACUUCAGCAGAAGCAACGACGUCUUCACCUGAAUCUCUUAGUAUCACUGUAACUACCUUAACAGCUUCAAUUGCAACCACCGUGACCUCCGCACCAGAUACCUCUUCAAUCUCAGAGGAAGAGACUGCUCCAUCUGAUACAUCUUCAGCCUCCACAGAAGAGGACACGCCCUCUGUUACAGUUUCGAUUGGUGAAGACAUGACCCCCUUGCCUGCUUCAAUUGCAACCACCGUGACCUCUGCACCAGAUACCUCUUCAAGCUCAGAGGAACUGACCGCUCCAUCUGAUACAUCUUCAGCCUCCACAGAAGAGGACACGCCCUCUGACACAAGUCCCACUCAGGGAGAAGACCUGUCUGCACCGGGUAUGUUCUCGGCUCUUCCCGGCAGCCCUGCCAUAGAUCUGAUUUCAACGAAAGCGACACCGUCACCCGUUACAGUUUUGAUUGGUGAAGACAUGACCCCCUUGCCUGGUAAUUUUUUUUUUGUUCCUAAGCCUUUAAAUUAUCAAAUCAUUAUUAGUACUGUUAGGAUCACAUUUCUCUUUUUUUCCCCCCAAACCCCGGGACGCGGCCGCUUCGGCCCGGGCUCGGGGCCCAUCCUGCUGGACGACGUGCGCUGCGCGGGCACCGAGGACGCCCUGGGCCACUGCGGUCACUCGGGCUGGGCACGCCACAACUGUCACCACCGGGAGGACGCGGGCGUGGUCUGCGCAGGUCCAGCUGCCUCUGCUGUACCCAAGGACAACGCCUGGCUCUCCUGCUUGCCUCACCUCUUCCAAGUCACCAUUGACCGAGGUUAUCUCCGGAGACUGGGCUACUCCUCCUGGGACGUCAGCCUGAAUGAUGAGCUGUGUCGUCCCCAAGUCACGGGGCGCUACCUGAUCUUCAACAUUCCCUAUGGUCUCUGUGGCACCGUCAGACGGGAACGUCUCGGCUCCCUCAGCUACUCCAACUCCAUCAGAAGCCGAAUACGGGGCCACCCUGGCCGGGUCAUCGUGCGGCACAAGGUGCCUCAGCUCAAGUUCACCUGCAGGGUGGGCGGCCCCUCUGCAGAUGAAAUCACUCCCAGGGCUGACGUCCCAAGAGAGAGCAUCGGCUAUGACGUGUCCAUAUCCUUCCUCGAGUCACCCCUGAGCUUGGGGCCACACGACACCAGCCAGAGGAAAACGGUCUUCCUCCAGGCCACGCUCCAGAGCCCUGACCCCAGCCUGAGGCUCUUUGUGGACACCUGUGUGGCCUCUCCAGAUCCCCAUGACUUUAAGACUGUCAAGUACGAUUUGAUCCGGCAAGGGUGCAUCAAAGACAAUACCUAUGUCAACCUCCACUCCAGCCAGAAGAACACGGCCCAGUUCAAGUUCAACGCCUUUGACUUUCUCAGCAGCUAUGAUGUGGUGUAUCUGCAGUGUGAGGUUGCUGUGUGCAAAGUUGGGGACCGUUCCUCCCGCUGCUCCCAGGGCUGUGCAGAGCGGAGUAAGAGGGAUAUGGGCCCCUCGGAGACCACAGAAGAGCAGACUGAGCACUUCCAACUGGUGGGGCCACUGAAAAUCCAGAGAGGGACAGGUCGGAGCAAGACCCGUGUUUGAUUUCUCCACUUUUCACAUGAAUCUAUUAUUAGAAAGAAAAGUCUAUUUCCCUUCAGCAAUGUAAUAAGGUGUCCAUACAGUGACAGGUGAAACUGCUAAAGAAGCUCUCUCUGAAGUUUGUUGCUAAAUAAACCUUCUCUGAUUACUUAACUUCUAAGGCGGUCACUGUCUUUGCCAGCUGGAGACGCCGCAUUUUCUUAUUCUUCACUACCAAACAGGUGAUUGUUGUCUUACUGUACAAAAUGUUAUCAAGAACAGAGUUCUCUCUAUAUAUAUAUAUAUUGAAUUGCCAAUUUAAGGAUUUUUUAAAUUGACUCCUUAGCAUUCAGAUGCUAGUAGGUGGAUCUUUUUAUUUCUGUCCCUUGGGUGAGGUGAGAGUUUGUUUUCAGAUCUCGCUAAGCAUCUAAUGGAAAAUAAACUAAGUGUCAGGAAA